AUGAGUGAACCCGAAUCGAACGCUGGGCCUUCGCAUUCCAGAAUGCGAAAAAGGAUCCCAGAUCCACCAUCUUUUCUCACGUCACCCAUGCAAAAAAUGCCAAACCGUGCAGGUCUCACUGCUAGAGAGAAGGUUAUCGCAAUGAACAUAUAUAAACACGUUGAGAGAACGUCACCUACAUUUCCCUGUAAGGGGGACAUUUUAAAAACAACAGCCGAAGUUAUGGGAACUUCUGUAAAAACUAUUUCAAGAAUUUUGAAUGACUAUAAAAUCAAAGGAGAAGUAUCCACGCCUAAUCGAUGUAAACCAAAAUAUGAAAUCGUAAAUAACUUGGACGAUUUCAUACUUUCAGCUAUUAAAAGGAAAGUCCACAGCUUCUAUUUUAAAAAUGAUCAACCAACGAUACAAAAAGUUAUGAGUGCUAUUAAUGAUGACGAUGAUCUUCCAUCAUUCUCUCGCUCUACAACUUAUAAAAUUAUGAAAAAAUUGGACUUUAAAUAUAUGAAACGCUCUAGAAAGAGUAUUUUACUAGAUAGGCCGGAUUUGAUGGUGUGGAGACGUAACUAUUUGUUAAAAAUUAAAGACUAUAGAAGAGAAAAUAGGAAAAUAUAUUAUACAGAUGAGACAUGGCUAAACGAAGGGCAUUCUUCAAAUUACGUAUGGAAUGACCAAAACAUAGCAAGCAUUCGGCAAGCAUUUUUAAAUGGCUUGUCAACAGGCCUCAAAAAUCCACCAAAAGGAAAAAGAUUAAUAAUCAGCCAUAUUGGAAGCGUUGACGGGUUUCUUGAAGGUGGAGAGUGGAUUUUUGAGGCUAAAAAAAGUUACGGAGAUUACCAUGGGGAAAUGGAUGCUCACAACUUCGAAAAGUGGUUUAGAAACGUUUUGGACAAAGUGGAACAAGGGUCGGUAAUAGUACUAGACAAUGAGCCGUACCACUCCAGGCUUGCAGACCGAGUGCCCAACAUGAAUUGGCGAAAGGCAGAUAUACAAGCGAGACUACAAAACAAAAAUAUUAAUUUUAGAGAUUCAGAAUUAAAAGCGGAACUGUUAUUGAAAUUUAAUAAAGACAAUUAUAAUAAAAAAGUUAUCGAUGAAAUGGCCGCUCAUAAAAAUGUAAUUGUUCUGCGCCUUCCGCCGUAUCAUUGUGAAUUAAAUCCAAUAGAAUUAAUAUGGGCACAAUUAAAAUCACAUGUUGGAAAAAAUAAUAAAAGUUUUAAAAUGUCUGAAGUCAAGGAGCUAGUUAGAGAAGGGUUAACAAAAAUUGGUACGGCGUCUUGGAUAAAUUGUAUAGAACAUGUAAAAAAAGUAGAAGACAAAAUGUUGCAGCUUGACGGCUUGAUAGAUGCUGUAACAGAUGCACCGACCCCUAGAUUUAUAAUACAUGUGUCAGAAGAAUCGAGUGAAUUAUCGUCUAUAAUGGCUAUUGGUUCUGUUGUCUCUGAGCAUACCAAUGUAUCUACUACUGAAGAAGAAUCAAAACAGUUAAACCCUAGUGUCAAUUCCUGUGCUACAGUUGCUGAAGAUGAAACGAGUAAUGUUGAAGACCUGUCCCAAACUUCUGGGGACUUUGACAAGGUCAUUAGGGGUGCAUGUAAGCCCUCAAAAAGUUUGUCCCUUGGGUUGGCAGUAAAGUCUUUAACCAACUCUCGGCAAGUAAUUACGAUACUUAAUAGGUAUGGCCAUACAAUUGGAUAUAAUUUGGCAGAAGAAUUGGAAACCGAAAUGACAUAUACAUCGAUCCAAGAUAACAAAGUUAUACCAAAAGGCAUUACUGCAGCAAAAGGACACAGCACCCACGUAGCGUUCGACAAUUUCGACCGCUUCGUUGACACAACUUCUGGAAAGGACACAAUGCACGACACAGUUGGAAUUAUUUAUCAAUUCUCUAGUGAUGGAACUGAUAAUUUUGAUGAUGGUGAAGCUACAACUUCAUCAGCGUCUCAAGUAAAUGACAACGAAAAUGGAGAAGGACCUACCCGCAAGAGAAGGCGUUUCAAUGAAAUAUCACGAGAAAUUCGGUCAUAUUAUUCUAAACCUAAGGCAAGUAUGCAGCUGAUUACUGUAGAUUCGUUUACCAAUACAACGGACAACGGAGUUAUGCAAAGUGAGAAGCAAAAAGUUAAAUAUUUGCCCCCCAUAAAUUCAUCACCAACGUCGUAUGCGGUAGUCAAUGAAACAUUAAACAUGGCUAAAGAAAUCGCUGAAAAAUGUCAGCAGCCAGAAAUUAUUGUGACAUACGAUUUAGCGAUAGCAAAAAUGGUAAAGCAAAUUCAAGAACAAGAAAAACCGCUAUACAAUAAAAUUUUUGUUAACUUGGGAGCUUUCCACACAGAGAUGGCAUUUUUUAGAGCCAUCGGAAAAUAUAUUGACAGCAGUGGAUUAGUGGAAAUAUUGGUGCAAGCAGAAGUAUUAGCCGGCGGCUCCAUGAAUAGCAAACAUUUCAAUCGUUGCAAGCGCUUACAUCCGCUAACCGCUGCCGCAUUACAAAUAUUACAUUUUGAACAGUAUUUAUCCACAACUAAUGUAACACUUGAGGCGAUGGAUGAACUGCUGCAAACGCAAAUACAGAAUGCAUCAAAUCAGACUGCGAAUGACGUCAACGAAACAAUCGAGUUACCAGAUUUAUUGAGUCGUAUUGUUAACGGUUAUAAAGAAUUCUGCAAUCAGACUUUGAUCGGAGAAAAAGGGAAAACUGCUCAAUUUUAUUACCAGUACUGUAAGUUUAUUAAUUUACACCAUCGGUUUUCCAGAAGUAUCCGCACCAGUAACUUUGAACUGUACGUGGACUCGAUUUUUAACAUGUCUGAUAUAUUUUUUGCGUUAAACCAGCCCAAUUAUGCCAGAUGGUCCUUGUUAUAUUUGAGCAAUUUAAUCAAUUUGUAUACUAAUAAUUCAUCUUUGGUAGCUGAAUUUCGUCGAGGCGCCUUUGGAAUUAGACGAUCUGCAGCAAAUUUUACUCGAUCACCGGUUGACUUGACGCUAGAGCAAACUAUCAAUGCUGAUGCUUGCAAUCAAUUGGCUGAUAAUCUUGCUGCUGACUCAAUAUCUGCACGUCAAAGAUGGGCGCUCAGUCACAGCAUGAGGACGAAGAUAUUAACAUCUAUCAAACAAAAUAUCGGAUUAACGAAAAAAGAUGAUACUUCGCACUCAUUGCAACAAAAGCAAAACGUGGAAGCAUGUUCUCAAAGUUAUAACUUUAGCAAUAUACCGAAAUUAAACAUUGCAACGAAUCAAAAUAACAAUUCUAAUUGGAAGAAAUGGUGGCAAUAUUUCGAGCUUUUUCUUCUUGCUACGGGUUUGGAAGAAGCCCCCGAGAAAAGGAAAAUAGCAAUUAUGUUACACACAAUUGGAGAAAAAGCUAAUAUGAGUUCUAGAUUAACACAUGUUCGACAAAGAUUAUUGCAAGAGACUGACCUAAAACUUGAAAAAGCUAUAUCUAUUGCUAAAACUGUCAUUAUGGCACAACAAAAUGCACAACCAAUGGAAAAUUCCCAACAUUCUGAUACUGUUUUACACAUAUCACAGUCAUAUACAAAGUCACAGUCAAACAAACAGUCUACGAGUAAAAACAGAAGUAACUCAAAUAAAAAUCUACACAGAGUUUUACUAGUCGACGUAGUCAAAGUCCGAAACCGCCAACGUUACAAUGUGUACGAGAGCUAUGGGAAUUUAUUCCCAUUAGCGAAUAGAGGAGUUCCCCGCGCACCACGCCGCGGACGAGGUCAGACGCGCUCCCGCCAAGGAUACCAAACGGCGAGGGUUGAAACGAAAAGGAAAACUGAAGGCGCCAAAACUACAAUCGGAAUUGAUGCAAUGAUUAAAUCAACACUGCAUCCCGGUGCAAAAUCGAGCGACGAAGUGCUCGCUAAAAUUGGAGAGAACCAGACUUUAAAGGCUAUCACGUUAACUAUAACAACUAGAGGCAUUGGUCUUGGUCUCUGUCAUCUAAAUUUUAUCGCAGUUUCCUACCACGAGAUAGUGGUCCCAAGCGUCUACGCACAAUAUCGUGUGUUCUUAGCAGUAUUAGAAGCCAAGCUUGAGAGCUUGAAAUCUGCUUACCCUCUACCAGCCCGAGAUUUGUGGAGAAAGCGGUUGACUACAAACGAUGAAGUAACUGGGGCUGACAUAUACAUCGAUCCUCCAGGUGACGGACUUGUAUCAGAUUCGGAUUCGGGAGACGAAACAAAUGUAAGUUUCGAUAACUUAUCACGACAUUAUAUGGAAGUACCAGAUACAACAACGAGUCUGACGAAGAAGAAGAACCUUGGAGUCUUAUUCUUCUGUCGUGCAAAACAGUUCAGGAGCUUUACUCUCAAAAGAUGUAGUGACGAUGACGUGACGGCGGACCAAUCAGAUAACAUCGAAAUCGAUGAUCAAGCUGAUAAUAUUCAAAUUGAUGACAUAUACGAGAAUAGU